AUGUCUCGACCUGAUGAAGAAGAACUCGUUGAUUACGAUGAGGCCGCUGAGGAGACUUUCGCCCCCGCCGCCACCGCUACAAACGGUGACAAAGCGGAUGGCGACAAAAAAGGUUCAUAUGUCGGAAUCCACUCUACAGGUUUCAGGGAUUUCCUCUUAAAGCCUGAAUUACUUAGAGCUAUCUCUGACCUCGGUUUUGAGCACCCUUCCGAAGUGCAACAGGAAUGUAUUCCUCAAGCAAUUCUCGGUACCGACGUUUUAUGUCAAGCCAAAUCUGGUAUGGGUAAGACCGCCGUGUUUGUACUCGCUGCUUUACAGCAAAUUGAACCUGUUGAUGGCGAAGUAUCCAUCGUGAUCUUAUGUCAUACCCGAGAAUUAGCUUAUCAAAUCCGAAAUGAGUUUGCUCGUUUCUCAAAGUUCAUGACCAACGUCAGAACUGGUGUCUUCUACGGUGGUACACCUAUCUCUGCCGAUCAAGAGCUUUUAGCUUCAAAAGAGAAAUGUCCUCAUAUUGUCGUUGGAACUCCCGGUAGAACAAUGGCUCUCGUUAGAGAUAAGAAACUUAACGCAAGCAAGGUUAAACACUUUGUCCUUGAUGAGUGCGACAAAAUGCUAGAAACACUUGACAUGCGAAGAGAUGUUCAAGAGAUUUUCCGAGCCACUCCUCACCACAAACAAGUCAUGAUGUUCUCCGCCACUCUCUCCAAGGACAUCCGAACCACCUGCAAAAAGUUCAUGCAGUCUCCUCUCGAAAUCUACGUUGACGAUGAGACCAAGUUGACCUUGCACGGUCUGCAACAAUACUUCCUCAAACUCGAGGAGAAGGAGAAGAACAGGAAGCUCAACGACUUGCUCGAUAACCUCGAAUUUAAUCAAGUCUGUAUCUUCGUCAAAUCUGUUGCUCGAGCUACUCAACUCGAUGCUUUACUGCAAGAAUGUAAUUUCCCCUCUAUCUGCAUUCACUCUGCCCUCCCUCAACAAGAACGUAUCUCUCGAUUCCAACAAUUCAAGGCAUUCGAGAAACGUAUCCUUGUUGCUACUGAUAUCUUUGGUCGAGGUAUUGAUGUAGAGCGAGUCAACGUAGUCAUCAACUACGAUGCUCCUGCCGAUGCUGAUUCCUAUCUCCAUCGAGUCGGUCGAGCUGGUCGAUUCGGUACCAAGGGUCUUGCCAUCUCUUUCGUCUCAAGUGAAGGUGAUUCCGAAGUACUUCAAAAGAUCCAAGAAAGAUUCACUGUUGCUAUUCCAACAUUGCCUGAAACUAUCGAUCCUGCUACUUACAUGACCUCUUAA